AUGCUCGAAAAAAAAUCCCUAUCACUAUACGGAAAGAGAGUGUUACAUAAGUGGACUACCCGUGAAGGUUUCCUCGGUGACUAUGAUUAUGGGUACCUUUUCAUUCCUGAACUUCCGUUCACCAAGAAAACUGCAAAGACUCAACCUUUUUUCGGUUUGAACUCGGACAUGCCUUUGUUUCUUGGGUUUCUUUUGGGAUUCCAGCAUGCGUUGGCCAUGUUAGCUGGUGUCGUGACUCCUCCACUUAUGAUCUCAAGUCUGGCAAACUUAUCAGUUAAAGUCUCUGAGUACUUGGUUUCGUCAUCCUUGAUUGUUUCUGGUAUUUUGUCUUGUAUCCAGAUUACUCGUUUUCAUAUUUAUGGCACCCCCUACUACAUUGGUACUGGGUUGCUCUCAGUUGUCGGUACUUCGUUUUCGACAAUUACCAUUGUUACAAGUGCUUUCCCCAUGAUGUACAAAAAUGGAAUCUGUAAGACAGUUAAUGGGGUAGAGCAACCUUGUCCUGAUGGGUACGGCCACAUUUUGGGAACUGGUAUUGUCUGUGCCUUACUAAACAUUUUGAUUUCUUUUUCUCCCCCAGCAAUUCUUCAGAGAGUCUUCCCUGCAAUCGUUACUGGUCCAGUCGUGCUUUUGAUUGGUGUUCACUUGAUUGAGUCAGGUUUCCAGGACUGGGUUGGUGGCUCAGGAUGUAUUUCAAGCGGAAAUUGCACAAACAAGAAAUUACCAUGGGGAUCCGCAAGAUUGAUCGGUCUAGGAUUCCUUGUCUAUUGCACAAUCAUCAUCUGUGAACGUUUCGGUGCACCCAUUAUGAAGUCGUGUGCUGUUAUUGUGGGAUUAUUGGUUGGAUGUAUUGUUGCAGCUGCAUGCGGAUACUUUAGCCACGACAACAUUGACCAAGCCCCUGUAAUCACCUUCCCUUGGGUACACACAUUCAAACUAAAGGUAUAUGGCCCUAUUGUGCUUCCAUUUUUGGCGGUCUAUAUUACCUUGGUUAUGGAAGCUACUGGUGAUAUUACUGCUACUUGCGAUGUCUCCAGAUUGGAAGUUGAAGGUGAAUUGUUCGAAUCUAGAAUCCAAGGAGGUAUCCUUUGUGAUGGUGUUAAUGGUAUAUUAUCUGGAUUGAUGACUGUGACCCCAAUGUCCACUUUUGCUCAAAACAACGGUGUGAUUUCCAUUACAAAGUGCGCAAACAGAAGAGUUGGAUACUGGUGUGCCUUUUUCUUAAUUGUCAUGGGUGUUUUUGGCAAGUUUGCUGGUGCCAUUGUAUCUAUUCCAAAGCCAGUUUUGGGUGGUAUGACCUCUUUCUUGUUUACAUCUGUUGCUGUUUCCGGUAUCAAAAUUGUUUCCACCACCGAAUUCACCAGAAGAGACCGUUUCUUGUUAACUGCUUCCCUCUUGCCUGGUUUAGGUUCUACUUUGGUUCCAACUUGGUUCGACCACGUAUUCACCUAUACUGGAAACAACAAGUCUUUGCAAGGUUUCUUUAACGCUAUUGUGUUGGUGAUGGAAACAGGAUUUGCCCUCACUGGCUUUAUUGGUUUGUUCUUGAACUUGAUCUUGCCUCAAGUUUCAGACGAAAUUGAGGAGAUCAACGAAGUCGUUUUGGAGACUGUUGGAUCUGCUGACGAAGCUGCCAUGAGACAAUAUGCUUCUAAAGAGCAACAAAUGUUUGACGGAAGAGUGCUAGAGGUACGCCUGUCGUACACUAACUGA